CUGCCUUGUCUGGAAGUGGGACAGAGUUCAGAACUGCACCUGUUACACAGUCGGAUAUAGACGCACACUGGCCUUCAAAUGAGCCACUGCAAGACAGUGAAUAAGAAGACUACAGUAAGCUGGUCCUAUGGUGUGUGUCUUGCCGUCCACAGAGCUGCCAUGCUGAGAAGGAGGAGGAAUGGCCGUGUUCGGCACUUGGCCUGGAGCGAUGCACGGCCAGAGACAGAUGCCAUGGCAGCGAUCCAGACGUUGGACAGAGAAGAGUGGGAAGGCCAGGAAACAACACAGAUCAGUGACUUGGACUCUGAAGUGGAUUGUCAGACCGUCUCUGAAGUGGUGGCUUUGCCCAGCACCGUUCCGGUCACAGGGGAGUCGUUCUGCCAGUGUGUCCACCAGGAUGACAUAAGGCUGGGGUCUGGGCUGCAUGACUUCAGCCUCAUCAGUGACUGUGUGUGUGGAGAGGAAGACAACACUUUUGAUUGGGUUUGGGACGAACACUGUAAGUCUUCCGGAGCCUUCCUGAGCUGCGACAACAGGAAGGUGAGCUUCCACUCGGACUACAGCUGUGGAACUGCUGCCAUCCGUGGAAACAAGGAGCUUGUGGACGGCCAACACUUCUGGGAAGUCAAGAUGACCUCUCCUGUCUAUGGAACUGAUAUGAUGGUGGGAUUGGGAACUUCUGAGGUGAAUUUGGAGAAGUACAAGUACAAUUUUGGCAGCCUCCUGGGUCAUGAUGAAGACAGCUGGGGUCUGUCCUACACAGGUUUCUUCCAGCAUAAAGGGGACAAAGUCAAGUUCUCCUCCAAGUUUGGUCAAGGUUCCAUCAUCGGCAUACAUCUAGACACCUGGCACGGCACCCUGACCUUCUACAAGAACCGACAGUGCAUAGGUGUCGCUGCCACCCGGUUGCAGAACAAGAAAUUUUACCCAAUGGUGUGCUCCACUGCAGCCAAAAGCAGUAUGAAGGUUACCCGUGCCUGCUACACAUCCACCUCCUUGCAGUAUCUUUGUUGUGUCCAGCUCCGCCAAAUGUUGCCCCGCUGUCCGGACGUACUUAACGCCCUGGAGAUUCCCCCAGGGCUGCGCAGCCUCCUCAACACACAGCUGGGCUGGGUGUUCACUCUCAACGGCAGUCCUGAAAUUCUGGAGCAGAACAAGGACUUCCCUGAGGAUUUCCAAGAGGAUAUGAGUCUGCCUUCGAGCCCCUGUCCCAGCCCCAGCCCCGUAUCCACCCUCAGCGACUGUGCCUCACUGAGCCCCUGCGUCAGUCCAUUCCCUGACACUGUCCCUUACCAGUGUCCCUAUCAGACAUCCCCCCAGACCCAUCCCUGCCGCUGCCCAUCUCCACUCAGCAGUGACUACGAUAGCUGCUGCUCUGAGCCAGAGGAUUACCAGUGUAAAAGAUGCCGCUGGACAUGAGAAGUCUAUGUCCUCUGAAUGUAUUAAUGUUUGGCACUCAGCUAUUCUACCAUUGCCAUUUACAUCUUCUGUUGGAAGUCACAGAGAACAAAGUAUUUACAUCUUUUAGCCAAUAUUUCUAAAACAACUUUGUAAGUUGGUUGUUAAUUUUUUUUUUCCAUUUAUUGUGUUUUUAAUGAAUGGGCAGAGGGGACUGGUUAUGUGAAAGACAUAUAAUGCAUAAUGAGUCAUUAAAUUUUAUGUCCAAGUUACUCACUUUAGAUAAUUCUAUGGAGUGAUUGAGAGCCAUAUGUCUUGCACUCAUAGUUUUCUUUUUCAGUCUUUGGAAGGCCUGAUAUUUGCCAGAUUAGACUCAAAAUAACAGCAAAAUAUUGGGGAUCUAAUCAAGUGCACAUGUGCUACUCUCAAGGACAGGAAUUGCUUUUUCGUACUAUGGAAAUGACUUUUCAUAUUGUUUUUUUUGUAAUCAGCAUUUGUUUUUAAUAUCAAGAGUUGUGUUCUUGCUUACAAGAGGAUUUGCUAUUCACCAGUCUUUUCUAUUUACUGUAAUGCUUUGUUUAUUACUUUCCUACCAGGCAAUUCUUUAAAAUAAAACUAAAAUGAAAAUC